ACGCCAUAAUAACUCUGCAGUCGGAAGUAGAGGACACUGUGAAUCAGUUACAGCAGCAAGGCCUACUCUCUGCUGAGACACUCGGACAAAUGUUCACUUCUGUUUCUGACAUGUUGAAUUCAAAGGCUGGCCAAGAUGAGGAAGGUGCAAGGUUAAAGCUCAGAGAACAAAUGCUUAACAAACUGACAACAGUUCUGCUGGACAUCCCCAGCAACACAACUCAGGAAGUGCAAGUGACGGCCACAGCUGUAGCGGGAAUCACACAGAUCUCCGAUGAGCUCAGUCCUGCUGCCCAAGAAGAAGCAGCUACAUUGUUGGUAAACCUCAGCUCCUCCCUUAACACUAUCAGUGUCAAUCAGCUUAGCAAGGAUCGUGAAGAGGUUAUGCAGGCGGCUACACCGAUAGUUGAAGCAGCCAGUAAUAUUUUAAAUGCUUCAUCAAAUAAAAAAGUCUCAGAUUCCCUCCUGACUGGGAUAAAAAACAUUCAGAGUGCUUUGUUGCAUCAUAAAAAGCUGAAUGGACUCCCUGAUAUAAUCGAUUCUGGUCAGAUCAGUGUGUAUGUAAACAGAAUAUCUCCAGAAGACAUACAAAUGCAGCAUAUAAAUAUCCAGAAGAACAGUUCCUCUAGAUUUUCUCUCCCCUCGCUACCUGCUGGCAUUAUCUUUCCAGAAGAGACAGUGGAUGUCAGAAUGAUGAGUUUUGAGAAAAAUCCAUAUGCUUGGAAGGGGGGAAACAUCACAGGAACUGUGGGAUCCCUUUCUCUCACCAGAGCAGAUGGCAGUGUCAUACCUGUUGAGAACUUAGCUAAAGAAAUAGAGAUUCUUCUACCCAGGCUCGAUGUUGGACAGGAGAACAGCACAGUCCUUGACCUUGCCAAUUUCAGCACAUUAAUAAUUGACGUACCGUCACCGGACGUUACUCUAGUGCUGAAAAUGGAGCCCUCUGAAGAUAUUUCAUUUAUGUUAUUCCUGGGAUAUAAAGAUUAUCCAAAUGAUGAGAGCUAUGUAGCCAAGACUAAGAUCCCUUUUGAGAAUGUAAAUGAAGAGACUAAAUUUACAUGGGUGCUGAGUCCCAGAGACAGAACAGGAGCUGUUGGAGCUCAUUACCUUGUUGUGAAGCCAAUUGUAGAGCCAGGUGUAAGAUUCAUCAAUGCCACUGUCACUGUCAUUUCCAUCGCUGCCCAGUGUAAAUACUGGAAUGAAACUGUGUCCUCUUGGAGUGAAGAAGGCUGCAGGGUUGGUCCUCUCACCACACCUUUGGUUACUCAGUGCCUCUGUAACCAUUUAACUUUUUUCGGCAGCUCUUUCUUUGUCAUGCCAAAUUUAGUGGAUGUCUCACGCACUGCUGAACUUUUUUCUACAUUUACUAACAAUCCAGUGGUGGUGUGUUUUGUGGGGGCCAUCUUUGCUGCUUAUCUACUAGUAGUUGUUUGGGCACGCAGGAAAGACAUCCAGGACGCAGCAAAGGUCAAGAUAACAGUUCUUGUGGACAAUGACCCUUUGGCUGAGUAUCGUUAUAUGCUAACUAUUAGCACAGGGCACCGGCAUGGUGCUGCCACUUCCUCUCAGGUGACUGUUACUCUCCUGGGAACAGAGGGAGAAAGCGAACCCCAUCACUUGACAGACCCCAAGAAGCCAGUAUUUGAGAGGGGUGGGGUGGAUAUGUUUCUGCUGACCACACACUUUUCUCUUGGAGAUCUGCAGAGCAUAAGACUAUGGCAUGACAAUUCAGGGGAACACCCUGCAUGGUAUGUGAAUAAAGUGGUAGUGCAGGAUCUGGAAACUGGUCAGAAAUGGCACUUUCUGUGUAAUUCCUGGCUAGCUGUUGAUGUGGCAGAGUGCACUCUUGACAAGGUCUUCCCAGUAGCAACAGAGAUGGAUUUGAAGAGAUUCAGUAACUUGUUCUUCAUGAAGACAGCCAAGGAUUUCCAAGAUGGCCACAUCUGGUUUUCUGUCAUCAAUCGACCUCCCUGCAGCACAUUCACACGUGUGCAACGAGUGUCCUGCUGUUUUUCCCUUCUUCUAUGCACCAUGUUGACUAGCAUCAUGUUCUGGGGCAUCCCUACAGAUCCCUCAGAGCAGACCAUGGAUCUCGGGCAUAUCGAGUUCACUUGGCAACAGGUUAUGAUUGGAAUUCAAAGUUCAAUCAUAAUGUUUCCCAUCAAUCUCCUUAUUGUUUCUCCCUCACAGACUUCAUCCCCUCAGAAGGAGAUGAAGGACAUUACUCCAGACACUGUGAUCAAGGACAUAAAGAGAAUUGCUCAAUCGCUUGCAAAGGCUAUGAAGAGUCCACUUCCACAUCUGGAGUUCCAUCCAGGUCACCAGGCUGACAUCAACACUCUGUUGUCUCUGGUGGAGGACAUUAUCAGACUGCAGAAUGGAGCGGCUGGAGACUUCUACACUGACUCCUCCAAGAGGGAUCGCGCAAUGAUCCUCAGUUUAGGUGCAGUGAACCUACAAGAAAACAGCAUGUGGGGGAGCCUGGAGAAGACAUCCGAUGAAGUUCAGAAGAACAGUUACGGCAUUUACCUGUACAGGCAGCUGCGUCACGUUGAGAAGGAGCUUGGUCUGUUAGGGCCAUCUAGUUUUCCAAACUCUGACUGCUACAUGAAGGCCAUGCAGCAAGUUCAGGGCAUGAGGAGUUAUUUGGAAUUCCACUUGCCUUCAUCCAGUCUAGAUGGAGACCUAUACAAUCGAAGCCCCAGUCCAGAAGAGAGCAUCAAUGGCAGCGCUAAUAAGAAGCGUUGUCAAGGAGGACUGCCGUGGUGGUUUGUGUUUGUUGGGUGGAUAUUGGUGAUUGCAACCAGUGCUGUGUCAGGAUACUUCACUAUGAUGUAUGGGCUGACUUAUGGUAAAGAACGCUCUAUAAGCUGGCUUAUUUCCAUGGUGGUCUCCUUCUUUGAGAGUCUCUUUAUCACCCAGCCUUUGAAGGUUCUUGGUUUUGCUACUUUCUUUGCUCUUGUUUUGAAGAAAGUUGAUGAGGAGGAGUUUGGCGAGCCUCAGAUAGAUGACAAUUUCACACACCAAGAUGACUCAGAUGUGGUGCAGGUAGCGAGAAGAAACAGCACGUGCAGUUUCUAUCGACCACCACCUCCUACUGACAUAGAGAGGAUGCGGGGCAACAGGAUGAAAGCGCAGAAAGUCUUCGCCCUCAUCAGGGAGAUUCUUGUCUAUGUGGGAUUUAUGUGGAUGUUGCUCCUGGUGGCAUAUGGUCAGAGGGACCCCAACGCUUUUUAUCUGACCCAACACAUUCAACAAAGCUUCAGCAAAGGCACCUCAGACACCAUGAGUAUACAGGAUGUGUUCAACUGGGCAAACACAACUUUGCUGAGCAGCUUGUUUGGAGAGCAUCCAGGAUUUAUAACGGAUGGAAAUUCAAAGCUGGUGGGUAAUGCCCGCCUCCGCCAGGUGAGAGUGCAGAAAAACUCUUGCCAAGUUGCUCGCUCCAUGCAGCACUCUGUGCCAGACUGUCAUACUCUUUACUCAUGGGAGAUGGAGGACAUAGGCUCCUAUGGCCCAAGAUGGAGUCAAUCUGUGGGAGAGAACACCUCAGUGAACCUUCAGAGCCCGUGGAAAUACAAGUCUCAGAGUAAACUGAGGGCCUAUCCCAUCUGGGGCGGUGUGAGGCUCUAUAGAGGAGGAGGGUUUGUGAUGGAUCUGGGGCCAGAUUUACAAAACUCCACCAGAAUCCUUCAGUACCUUUAUGACACCACCUGGUUUGAUGCAUUCACCCAAGCCAUCUUUGUUGACUUCACUGUGUACAACGUAAAUGUCAACCUCUUCUGCAUUGUCACACUCAUGCUGGAGACCACGGCCAUAGGAGCGUUCCAGUUUCGAAGCGAGCUUCAGAGUGUCCGUCUUUACCAGUCGACGGGUGGCUUCCACAUCUUUGUAAUGGCCUCUGAAGUCAUCUAUUUUCUUUUUAUCAUCUAUUACAUGUUUGUUCAGAUAAAACUGAUAAAGAGACAGAAAUGGGCUUAUUUCAAGAGUAAGUGGAAUCUGCUCGAGUUGGCCAUCAUCAUUCUCAGCUGGAGUGCGCUGUCUGUCUUCAUCAAGAGGACUUUACUGGGAAAGAGGGACAUAAGUUAUUAUCAGAACAACAAAGACCAAUAUGCUAGUUUCCAUGAGACAGCCCAGGCUGAUGCAGUGCUGGGGUAUCUGAUUGCCUUUCUGGUACUGCUGGCAACAGUCAAACUGUGGCACCUGCUGAGAUUGAACCCCAAGCUGCAUAUGAUCACAGCCACACUGCAGCGAGCUUGGACUGAUAUUUCGGGCUUCCUGGUGGUCAUGACCAUCAUGUUCCUGGCCUACUCCAUUUCUUCUAACCUGAUGUAUGGGUGGAAGCUGUACUCUUAUCGGACUCUGCUCGAUGCCGCACAAACCAUAGUUAGCUUGCAGCUUGGCAUUUUUAACUAUGAAGAGGUUCUGAAUUAUAAUCCAGUGCUUGGAUCUUUCUUCAUUGGUUCCUGCAUCGUGUUCAUGACGUUUGUGGUGCUGAACCUCUUCAUCUCUGUCAUUCUUGUGGCAUUCAGUCAAGAGCAGAUACAUCACAAGCCGUCAGAGGAAGAGGAGACUGUAGACCUGAUGUUGAUGAAACUCUGCAGUUUGUUCGGACUCAAAUGUAAGAAACAAGAAGGUGAUGGCCUAACUCAGGGGAAGGUUCCUUCAUCUGCCCCAAAUAGCAAACUUGCAACUGUUUCUUCUGGAAAUCUGUCUGAAGAGUGACAUUUUAACAAGAACAUCAGAAUAUGAUGGUUCAGGUAUUAUAUGCUGUAACUGCCAAAAUUGGUUGUCAUGUUGUUUUAUUGUGGCUGAAUGUUAGUCCUUGCAAGUUAAUUAAUAUUACUCAUUUGAACAGCUUAUAUUAGUCUCUGUUGAAGGAGAAGCAGCAGGACAAACAGAUACAGAUAUUGCAUGUGUUAGGCAUUGUGUUAUUGUGUAUUAUAUAAUUAAAGAAAUACAUUUGUGUUUUCUGUGGCUAAAUCUUGUGUAGUAUGCUUUUUCUUUUAUUAGAUAAGUUAAGUAGUGUG